AUGCUAUCCACGGAACAGCCUUCCACUGGCCCUUAUAUGCCGGCAACCAGGUCACCAUUGCCACUACAGAACAACAGUCGCAGCUUUUCCCCCCGGUAUUCUUCGGCCACAACCCCAUCCCCAUCUCUAUCUUCAAUUGCUUCUUCAUAUACAGCAAGAGCUCAACAAAAUCCUCAUGCCAUGAGGCCACAGCAUAUCUGGAUAGUCACGGGACCGGCAGGUUGCGGGAAGACUACCGUAGCUCAAGGCCUGGCGAAGGAGCUUCAUAUCCCAUAUAUCGAAGGCGAUGAUUACCACUCCAAGUCCAAUAAGGAGAAGAUGACCAAUAGCAUUCCUCUCGAUGACGCAGACAGAUGGGACUGGUUAAUUCAACUUCGUGAAGCUGCCAUUAGCGCCUUGACUACUCCAUCCCCUUCUUCGGGUGCAUAUCCCCGGACUUGUCCGCCUGGCGUUGUUGCAACCUGUUCUGCGCUUAAGCAUAAAUACCGCGACGUCAUCCGUGUCGCCGCUUAUGGCCAUCCCACCAUAAAAAUUCAUUUCAUUUACCUUCGUGCGCCGGAGGAAGUGUUACUCCAGCGAGUCAGGCAACGCAAAGGUCACUACAUGAAAUCUACCAUGGUCCAUUCCCAAUUCGAAAUGCUGGAGGAGCCUGACUCUGAAUGGGAUACACUUUCAGUGGAUUGUGCCGCCUCGCCUGCUGAGGUACAGAGACGAGUCAACUCAAUUGUCCUACAAAAAUUGGGUGAGUACGCAGAAUAA